UCAGGAAAGUUUCAAGUUCGUUGGUUUCAAGUUUCACGGAAGUUCAUAACAAAGUGCUUGAAUGCGAGUUUUCGCUGUUGUACACCUCGAAAUUGUAUUCUUUUAGUGUUUUAGCUAUUGCUAUGAGUGCUGCGGCAAGUUCAACUGACGCCCUUGCCUCUAAGGUGGAGCAACUGGGCCUCAGAAAACCGGCAGAGCAAGUAGAGAAUGGAGGUGCAGAGGGAGGCCCAAAGAAAGAGGAAGACGAUGAAGAAAUAUCAGUUGCAGAGAAGGCCCUGUUACAGAAAAUUGUCAGAAAAGGGCUUAUCGAAAAUAAAAAUGACAUUGAAGUUCAACGGAAAGAUCCAUCUUCACCGCUGUAUCACGUCAAAACCUUUGAGGCUAUGAAUUUGAAACCUGCGCUAUUGAAAGGAGUCUACGCCAUGGGAUUCUAUGCACCCUCUAAAAUUCAAGAAACAGCUUUACCUACUCUUCUAGCUGAUCCGCCACAGAAUAUGAUUGCCCAAUCUCAAUCAGGAACUGGUAAAACGGCUGCCUUUGUUCUUGCUAUGCUCAGUCGUGUGGAUACAACCAAGGAUUACCCGCAGGUGUUGUGUUUAUCUCCAACCUAUGAAUUGGCCAUCCAAACAGGUGAAGUUGCUGCUCGAAUGGCCUCCUAUGAUCCGGACAUUAAAAUUAGAUUUGCUGUCAGAGGAGAAGAAGUUAAUCGAGGAGAAAAAAUUACGGAACACAUUAUCAUUGGCACUCCUGGUAAAGUGGUGGACUGGGCCCUCAAGUUUAGAUUUUUCAACCUCGCCCAAAUCACCGUAUUUAUUCUGGAUGAAGCAGAUGUCAUGAUUGCUACUCAGGGGCACCAAGACCAAAGUUACAGAAUCCGCAAAGGUCUCACCAAUCCAAAUUUGCAGAUCAUGUUCUUCUCAGCAACUUACGAUGAAGAAGUUAUGGAAUUUGCAGAAGCUAUAGUAUCAAAUCCAGUCAUUAUUAGGUUAAAACGGGAGGAAGAAAGUUUAGACAACAUCAAGCAGUACUAUGUUCAAUGCAAGGAUAAGGAAGAAAAGUAUCAAGCCAUUUCCAAUAUCUACGGUGUUAUCACAAUUGGUCAAGCAAUGAUAUUUUGUAGGACACGACAAACUUCCAUGUGGCUUGCUGAGAAGAUGAAGAAAGAUGGUCAUGCUGUUGCCAUGUUGUCUGGUGAGCUGACAGUAGAACAAAGGAUAGCAGUCCUCGACAGAUUUAGAGAAGGGAAAGAUAAAGUCCUCAUCACCACUAAUGUUUUAGCUAGAGGUAUCGAUAUUGAACAAGUCACAAUUGUAGUUAACUUUGAUCUACCAGUUGACAUGAAGCGUCAAGCAGAUUGUGACACAUACCUUCACAGAAUCGGCAGGACAGGUAGAUUUGGUAAAGCUGGUAUUGCAAUCAACUUAGUCGAUGGAUCCGAAAGUUUCGCUGUUCUAAAACAGAUUGAACAGCAUUUUGGCAAGAAAAUAAUGAAGUUAGAUUCAGAAGAUGUUGAUGAAAUCGAAAAGCUUGGCAAUUGAUUUUGAACCUUUGCGGUGAUCUGCAAACGAAGAAGCUCUUCUCUGCACUUGUUCUCCACCUCAGCCUUGAAUCAAUCUUAUUUCAGAUUAUUUGCCAGGGUUAAUUUACUGUAAUUUAUUAGUAUAAUAUGUAUAAUUGCUCUUCGAACAAGAGUAGUUAUAUUUUUCAAUUGUUAAUGAUAACUUUAUCCUUCAAAUCUCAUUUUUUUUAAAAGCCUUCAUUAAUUUUGAUUACACUCAUUGCUUAUCAGUAAAAUUGCACAGUUAUCGUAUUGUGAAACAAUAUAAAUAUCUAAAGUACUCUACAAAUUCACAGUUUACAAAGUCUGAUGUAUGCUGUUUCAUAAAUGAGUCCAUGGACACUUUUUUCUGAGUGGCUGUCAAAGCUAACGUAACCUAAAUAUAAAGAAGAUCUUGGGAACUGUCCUAAACCUCUCAUGCAUUGCUUUUGCUUUUUUAAUCAAAUUGGAAGAAAACAUGUAGUAGAUUGAAAUCUUACAUGAGAGACAUUUACAGUAGUUUCCCAGAACGUUCGUUUAGGUUAUUACACAUCUCUUUCUGGGCAAACCUGAUUGUGGAAGACUAAGAAAUAAGUGUCCCUGGGCGCAGUAAAUUUAACAAUGAAUCCCAGAAACUAUGCUAAUUGUGCAUUUCAGGGUUAAUUUGAGAUUCCUGUGCAAUUUUAUCUGUGAGUAGUCAACUCUAGAGUCUUCAUUCUGAUUGUAUCUCCUUCGGCCACAGGUCUUUUUUGGCAUUACAUUGCAAAAUUUUGAUAUUUCUCAAACUUGGUCCAAUUUUUAAUAUGUUUCAAGUUUCACAAGGGUUAUUUUCAAAGAGGGUACUGAAAAGUCAGGUACUGGUCUCAAGGUUCAGUAUCAAUUUUAAGGUUGAAGCACCUGAAUUGAGCGCAUAAAUACCAUGUAUAAUAAACUCCUCGGUUUAAGUGAUAGUGUUGAUGAAUGAAUAAGCCUCUACAGCACUUCCAAUUUCAUUUUCAGGCGCGUUAUUCUCAGAAUUUGAUGUUGUUUUAACGACAAAAGCUUUGUCUUCUUGUUGAGAACAGACCCCCAAAAAACUUCGCGCUGAGCCUGUUGUAAAUGGAAGAAAGUUUGAUGGUAAUUGAAAUUUUUAGACACGGAAAUACUUCAAGUUUUAAAGAAUGUGUUUUUCAUUCACCACAAGUAUUUCUGUGACACAGUUGUUAGUACAGACUAAAUUCAGGAUAUAACAGAUAAUAAGUUUAAUACUGCACCAGCUAUGUAAGGAUUCGCAAUACUGGAAUGCUCUCUGUAGCUAUUAAUAUAAGGGAGCAGAUGCAAAGUUCAUUAUUGGUCUCAAAUUUUUGAACUUCCAUUUAACUUUUAUCUUCAUUCUAUCCUCAAAACAAUGUCUGAUCUAGAUUUUUCAAAAAAUACUGUCCAGCCAUUUUAAGCUUUAGUUGACGGUCUCAGAUAAAAAUAGGAACAUCUUUUUACGCUCCAAGUAUUUUUCAGGUAUUCAGAAGCAAUACAAAUUUUACCAGAAAAAAUGAAUAAUAUGAAAAAUCCUCUUAUCAAAUCCUCAUUGUUGGGACUGCAAAAUCGUGUAUUUCGAUUAGUGCAUCUUAAAAUCUCUGCUCCUAUUUAAUUUUUCCAGGAAAUUGAACCCAUACCAUUACUUGAAAUUUUCACAGAAUAUUUUACACACAGUGAAAGAAAAUCUGUCCUUUCAAGUUUUAACAUUCGGCAAUUUUUCAUGUAGGAAAUAAAGUAUGACAAGAAAUCUGCCAAGUUGCUAACCGAGAUAUGCGCCUCUGCAGUUUCACCGUCGAUAUACCUUUUGCUUUUCCCCACUUGAUCAGUUUGUCAGAAUAUUCAAUGAAAGCAUAUUUUCAUUCAUUAACUCAUUUAGAAAAUUGUUUUUACCCUUCAUAUCCAGACGCCAGCUGUACUUUAUCUUGAGAUAAUUGUGAGAUGUGAAAGAGCUUUCCUUACAGGUGUCAUCAAUUUUAGAAGAAAAAUAAUUAGCUCCACACUCCCCUUUAUCAUCAAUCUUUCCAAUUAUCCAAAGCUUUUUGUAGUAUUCCUCUUUCAUUUCCUUUUGAAAAUUGUGUUCAUUAAAUUAAAUCUCACUGUUUAUACUCUUUGAUUUAAAACGUUUUAACCACUUGACUUAGGUACCAUAUCUCUUUCGUUCUAUGUUCUCAAAAAGUUAUAUAAAUCAAGAAUCAUCAUUUGUUAUUUUUAAUGGAGGAUUUUGUUUUUCACGGUGCGUGUUCCUCCUAAAGAUAUCGAAGCUACAAUAAAAAAUCAAAACUUUGUGAAAUAGUGAGCUUUGUUGUAAUUGGCACAUGUGUAAUGUAUGUACUGUUGAAAUAGUUUGUGUCCUAAUUUUGUGACGCUCUCAGCAUUUUAUUAUACUCGUACUUGGUAUCUUGUGCGGCUUCUUCUUCAUAUCUGGAACAUCUAAAUGCAGAUAUGCCGUGAACAAUCCUGAACUAUUAGGUAGUAGUUAAAAGUUUAAAGUUUGAAUUUAUAAACAAAUAAAUUUACUUUUAAAGUUUAAAUUUUGAUCGCCAAAGUAAUUUCCUGAUUUAGCAACAAUAUUUUUCUUAGUUCUUUUUAUUCAUAUUGUUCGUUAUGUAUUUUCCAUUUCCUGAGAGUUUUCUACUUUUAUAAUGUUUUUUUCAGGGUUAAUAGCUGAAGAGCUGUACCAUUUUGUUGUCCAUUUUUUUCUUGCUUAUUGUCAAGCUAUUAUCGUAAUGAUACCAACAUGUCUGUGAAUAGUGUACAUUUUGUCAGGAACUAAAAUAUUCAUUUCCUUUUUGUACUGUUCACUCUGUUGCUCCAAUGUAUUUUUAUUUUGAAAAAGUAAAUAUUUUGAUUUUUUCAAUUUGUCA